AGUCAAUGCCAGUGCCAUAUAUAUAGUAGAAACCAAGUAGUUUUAGGUCGAUACAUACUAAAUCUGACAAGCCAUGGCUAGUAAUUUCAAUUCUUUCAUAUGUUUCUUCGUUGUAUUUGUUGUUUUAUCGGUUUCUCAGAUCUCAACUGCGCAGAACGCUGAGUACUGUGAAGACGGAGCUCCAGUUUUUGGACCUGGUGAUGGCUGCUCUGGUUGUUCUGAAAGAUGCAUGGGAUACUACUAUAGAGACUAUCGAGGAUUCUACUGUCACACUAAUCUUGAAAAAAUAGAUUACUGUAUCUGUUGCAUUCCAUAUCCACCAGAUGAUGAUCAACCAUUUGAUGAGGUACCAACAUUGCCACCAAAGGAGGCACCGACACCUAUGGAGGCACCAAUAAUGGCACCAACUCCAGUUGAAGCUUACGAACCUCUCAAGCCUACACCGAGCCCUGCUGCAGCACCCUUCAAUGCUGAGCUUACUCCGCAAACUCCUCCAUGUGUUCAUCCAGUGGCUCCUACACAAAUUGCUCCGACUGUCUCCCCAGCUGCUGAACCUAUGCCACCACAAACAUCAAGAAGACUAAAAAAGAAAAAGCAUCCUAAAUUCAAUCAUGUUGCUCCCAGUGUUGCACCUGCGACUUCACAAGUUUCCACCAAAUCCAAGAAGCCGAACAGGAAAAAACUUCAUAAAACAAAAGCUGUCUCACCUGAUGUAGAACAUGAAGCUCCACAAGCUUCUUAUGCCGGAAAACUUAGAAAGGUAAAGGACCCUAAAACCAAUUAUUAAUGCUUUUAGCAUAACUUGCGUCUUGCGACACUUAAAAGAAAUUGCUCGCCAACAAUAAUAUGUCUACUGCUAAAAUAAGAAUAUGUGAUUGCUUAAAAUGGCAUGAUUAAAUGUACUAAUUAUGUGUUUGAAGCUGCAUAUACAAACAAAAUCUACCCAGUAUGAAACUCCUUUUAUAAUUCGACCACUUCCGAAUUCCGAUAAGGAUUUGCUUUCCCCUUUAACCACUUUUGAUGAUGAUGCUGGGCCUUGAUUUGUAUCCUUGACCACUGAUUUGCUAUCUUUAGUUUCCUUCUUUAUGUAGUAGUGCUUUCAUUGGAUUGCUUUGC